CGUAUGGAAUCCAGUAGUUUUUGUUGAUUGAUUAUUUUGCUUCUAUGGGCUUCUUAGUAAAUUUAACAUAUUCCAGUGAUUUAAAUAAGCACAGUGAAGAAGUGGACGGAAAAGUGUAACGAAUAAAUGAAGAAUAUAGUGCAACAAAUCGCAAAAAUGUCAAAAACCGCGAAAAAAUCUCAUUAAAUUUACACAGACGCCAUUAACAUUGUAAAAUAGUAAAAGAAGAGCGCAAAAAAUCACUAAUUCCACUCCAGGCAUUUUGUAAAUUAAUCAUCAUGAAAACUAAGCUUAUUUCUCUACUCUGGAGAGGAUCAGCAUCGGUUGACCCGCGAUUUUCUGCCCCAAUGCUCAAAUGGUCCAUUCAAGAUAUCAUCGAUCGAGAUAUUUUUGUUCGGCUCUCCAUGGGAAUCGAGAGUGGUUGCUUAGAGGCAUUCAAUUCAGAUUUUGAGUUACAAUUCAAGCAUCAGCUCAAACACAUCGUUGGCAUGUGCAAAAUGCUUCGUAAAAUUGACGGUCGCAAUAGGUACUUCGAAAUUGGUGUAGUACAAACUAAAAAUAAUGGAAAUUUGAUGGAAAUUUUGGGUGCUGUAAAUGGAUUUUUGUAUUUGCUGAAGGAUCCAAAAGACCCACUCCUUCAUAUUCAUCUCUUCGAAUCGGAAUCCUUGGACGAGAUGACAGAACUCAUGCAACAAAUGAGAGAUCCAAGCCAUAAUUUAGGUGGAUCUGUAGGAAGUAUCCCACAGAGUAUUGUAUCAGUGCCAGGAUCAUCGGAAGUUUCAGUUCCGAAGGCCCUACGCAAUCAAGGAGUUCAUUCUACUCCAGCUUCAAACUUAAAGUUAAACGAAGCUCUAAGACAUGCCCAACAUGAUGGAGGUCCUAGCAUAUUCACCCCCAAAAUGGCAUCAUCAAAGAGUUACACCAGUGGACUUAGUCAAUCUACUGGAACGGUAAAUUCAAUAUCAAGUGGCAAUUUGACUCUAUUUAGUGAUAUAUCUCCAAGUCAUUCUCAAUUUUUUGAGGUGAUGUAUGUUGGAAAAAUUAAAGUAUCCCAUAAGCGGGUUCCAGACACAUUUAUCGACGAUGCACUUCCCAAGUUUAAAGCUUACGAUACUCAGCGGAUGAUGAGACUUCAAGAAGAAUCUCGAAGAAAUUCAUUAACUGCAUCUUGUGAGAGUUCAAGCAUGAAUCCUUCUGAUUCUGAAGGGACUUCUGCCCAAAAAUUUCAUGCAAAUCCCCGAUUGUCAGAGAUGCGAAUAAAAGAAGAAACUACUGAGAAUGAAGAUGAAGAAACAAGUGAAGCUGAUAGCAAAGACAAGAUCUUCAAUGAGAAAUUAAUUAAUACGCGAAUUGGUGAAGAAAACAAAGAGAACUCAUCACCACGCUCAAAAGAAAAGAUUUUCCAGCGAACUAUUAGUCAAAUGACAAUACCUGUCACUAAAAUUGAAGGAGAUUAUCAACAGCAAACUAUUGUUGUAUCACCUCGUGUCGAGGAAGUUCCAAUUAAACGUGAUAGAUCUGCUUCAAUUGGAUCUAUUCCUGUUAUUGAUCAAAAUCGAACAAUGGUGUUUCUGGUCGGACGCACGGAUUUGCGUUUGAUCAGUCCGGACCGAAAGCAAGUCCUGCUGUACAAGGACUUUAAAGAUAUCGCAAGUUGUGCUCAGGGUCACAAGAAUCCCGAUCAUUUUGGCAUCAUUUGCCGUGAGGUGCAAAAUGAUGGCUUCAUCGCUUACGUUUUCAAAUGUCAAUCUGAUCACGUUGCUGAUGAUAUUGUGGCAGCAAUAUCGCAGGCUUUCAUAACGUGCUCUGAGCAGAAGAAGAAGGAGAAAUCUCAGAUAUUCUCAUGUGAACACUGCCCGAUGCUGUGGUAUCACAAAUUGUGCAAUGAUAUUGAGGGUUUGAGCGAGAAGAAGACCCAAGCAGUGAUAUUCAAGAGGAUUGAGAGCCUCUCAGAGGAAGAACAAGAAGUCAUUAUGGCAAAGUAUUACGGAGCAGAAGAGAUGGCUGGUCAUACGACAGUCCAACAAAUUCAAUUUCUCAUGAUGUUGCUGAGGGCUCACUGUGAAUCUCGUCAGCAGCGUCACAUUCACGACACUGUGGAGAAUCGCAGUGAGUUCUUGAACCAAUAUCUUGGCGGAAGUACGAUCUUCAUGAAGGCCAAGAGAUCCCUGUCGAAUUCCUUUGAUCACUUACUGAAACGAAAGGGUGGUCGCGAUGAUGGAAACUUCAGCAAGGAUAUUAUUUCACCAUCAGUGGAAACUCCUAUUGAGGCUCCACGUGCAGCUAAGAUCACGUCAGGGAGUGUCAGUCCCUCAAAAUUGCACGUGGCUGAACAAAUGAAAUCUCCAAUGAUCGAUAUAUUCAUGAAGGUCGGCAACAGUCCGAAGGAAAGUGGAGAAAAUAGCGCAGCUUCUUGGCGUCAGGAAAUGCUCAGCAGAGUCGUUACACCAUCCAAAAAAUUUGCAGAUGAUGAAAAUGCUCAGUUGAUUUCUCCUCUGCGGAAAAUCAACAAGAAAAAGAUCCGCGAGAAACGAACGAGAGAGGAACUCAGGGAACUGUGGAAAACCGCAAUUAGACAGACUAUCCUCUUAUCUAGGAUGGAGAAGGAGAACGCAACUUUGCGUAUUCGUCAGAAUGAGAAUGAAAUUAAGAAAAUCAAGCUAGAAUAUGACGAGAUCCUGCCAUGCGACAAGCAAGCUGCAGAAAUCUGGGAUGAGUACAUCGAUAAGCAUCGCAGUGUACCUACUCAGAGGGAUCCCAAAGUUCUCAUCCAAGCCAUCCGGAAUGGUGUACCACGCAGUAAACGAGGAGAAGUCUGGAUGUUCCUGGCUGAACAACACAACAUCAUCCAUGCACCCGUUAACACUAAGAACUUCCCAAAUUUCAACACUCCAUAUCAAGCGCUCCUUAAAAAUCUCACAGAACAUCAACACUCAAUUUUUAUCGAUCUAGGCCGAACGUUUCCCAAUCACAAGUACUACAAGCAAUCACUAGGAGUCGGACAACUAUCCCUGUUCAACUUGCUCAAAGCGUAUUCCAUUCUAGAUCCCGAAUUGGGCUACUGCCAAGGCCUAGGAUUUAUCUGCGGUGUUCUACUCCUUCAUUUGGAGGAAGCAGAUGCUUUUGAGAUGUUAAAACACUUGAUGUUCAAGCGACAAAUGAGAAGCAAAUACCUUCCGGAUAUGACGGUUUUCCAGAGGGAACUCUAUCAACUCUCGCGCUUACUUAAGGACCUAAUACCUGAAUUGUACGAAUGGUUGGAUAGGAAUGAAAUCUCUCCAACUCUCUACGCAGCUCCGUGGAUUCUAACGCUCUUCAGUUCACAAUUUCCUCUGGGAUUCGUCACACGCGUUUUCGAUUUGCUAUUUCUGGAGUCACAGGAAGUGAUAUUCCGCGUGGCGAUAGCUCUUUUGGAAAUUCACAAGGACGAACUUCUGAAGCGUGAUAACUUUGAGGAUAUCAUGGACUACAUGAAGAACACUGUACCUCAAAUGGACUAUGAUAAAAUUGAUCAAGUCAUGCGUCGAACAUUCUCCAUGGAUGUCUCCCGGCAGCUUAGCGAAUACCAAGUGGAGUAUCAUGUGCUUCAAGAAGAGAUUACCACGCAAAAUCAGCACAUUGAAACGCUGAAUCGCACAAAAGAGGCAAAUCUUGAGCUAGAGACGCAACUCCAAAUAGCCCAGUCGACCAUAUCUCAACUCGAAAAAUCAAAGUUUACGCAGCAAAAUCAAAUUCAUGCCCUCCAGAGUCAGGUGCAGAGUCUCGAGGUGACUGUUGAGACUUUAGGAGCUUUUGUCAAUCAAUUGAUAAAUGCUAAGCAUGACUUGGAGAUUCCUGGGGAAGUUAGACGCAUAGUUCAGCAGAUUCACAAUGUUGAACAGAGGAAGGCGAAACCGGUGUUUAUGGAUAGGAAAAUUGGCAAAUCGAUAUCGGUUAACAGUCAUUUGGGAAUGGGACUGAAGAUCCUGGAGGAAGGCAAUGAAUCGAUGGAUUCGGGAAGCCAUGGUAGGAAAAAGUCGCCAUUCUUCGAAAACACCUUCGAACAGAUAAGGCAGCAAAAGGCAGCUAUGAGAUUGAGUAGUUUUGACGAGGCAGCAUCGCAUGUGGCCAAGAAGGACGAAAUCAAAUUGCCGGAACACAUUGAAAAAGCCAUUAGCAAUAUGAAAAGCCCCAAUGAGAUAGAUAGUGGCAUUGCCACCCCAAUGACUCCUCAGUCAUCUCCAGCAAAUAAAGCUAAAGAUUCAGACAGUAGCACCGAAGGCGCUUCGAGUUUAGAGCCUCCAGCUCAUCCGUUUAGCAAUUGCGAAGAUAUUAACUUCCGCUUCAAUGGCACAACUCAGCUGAAGACGAUACGCACAGGACAUCAGAGGACUCACAUUGGGGCCAUUCCCAAGGCACUUAGUCAUGAUGAUGAGAGAGCAGAGAAGAGUUAACAAUAAGCUUCAUGAUUAGAUGCUAAUCAAUUUGUAUUCCGUGUUUCUAGAAAUCUCACCGCAGAUAUUUGCCGAUGACAAAAUUGACGUAAUAUCAUUGAAAUAUUUAUUUAUUUAUAAUUGUAUCACUUCUUGCUAUACAUAAAAUGUAUGAUCUUAGCUUACAGACGUUACUAAUGGGUAAGAGCGGAGUCUUCUGUUGUUUUGGAAAUCCUUAAGCCUACAAAAAAGAUCUUAGACAAGAGGUUAUGUUGAAAAUUCGGUAUAACCUCAAAGUAACAUAACCUCAAAGAGUAGCUAAAACUCCUAAAAAUUUCAAGAUUAAAUACAUAGCGUAUACAUUUAUUAAGCAUUAGGGCCGCAUCACAGGAAAGUUCGGAACCGUUAUGAGAAGAAAGGAAAAAGCAGUGCUCGAAAAAAUGUACUCCAAGAGUAAACAAGGAAAAAUGAAUCCUUUUGUUACUGGUAAACGAACAAAUAAAUAUCGUACGAAAUUCUCUUGCAUGGCCUAGCCUCCCUAGCCUAGAGUGAUUAGUUUGACAUAUUAGGUUAUAGCAAAGCUAACCUCAAAACCAGCAACGAGGUUAGGAAGUCAAAUACGUAACCUAGUACGAUACGCUUUGAUUAUCAAAUACCGAAUUCCCACAGGAGCUUUAGAUACAAAACUCACAAACAUGCUUCCGAAUAGGAUAACUAAGUUGAAGACACUACCAUAACCAAAUUUUGCAACAUAACCUCUUAUCCAUAGCGAAGUUUUUCUUCUUUAAAAUCUAAGAUUUCCAAAACUGACAGAACUUGUGCCCUUUUCCAACAAUUCGAUAGUAUACAUAAUAUGUGUGUAUAUAUUGUUUGCAAUUAUUGUGACUAUAAUAGCACCAAAAAUGAAACUCAAAGUAAAAUGUGAAAAUUUCUAUCCUUCGAAAUUAUUUAGUGAAAAAACAAACAUCUACAAUAUGUAUUGAAACUGUCUCCUUGCUUGUUUAGAGUGAAAAGUAAAGGUGUCAUUGAAUGCGAAUAAAA